AAUACGGAAGUAAACACGUUGACCAUUCCUCGCUGUACUGUGUAUACUUCUAAUACAGCAUGAUCUCAAUGCAUGCAUGUACAUGUUGCAUCGCAAGCUGCAAGAGACGAGAUGGUGCAAUAAUAGCCAAUACUCGAUUUGACAUUCCAGGGACGGGGUUUUUCUCUAUUUUGAUGGCAGUGGCAAUUCUGUACAGGAGCAUGUAUAUAGUCGCUUGUUUCACUAACUGAAAAUCAUUUAGAUGUACGAGAAUCCUCAAUUUUGACGUCUUGUUUCCGCCAUCUAACUCCGCUCAACAUGAACGACAUUCGAUAAUGAUUUAGCAACUGUUUUCUGCACGCAAUCAUGACAAUGCAGCAGUAAUAUGAUUUUUGAUAUGAGAUAGCCUUUGCUUUGCUUUUUUUGUAGCAACAUGCAGUGACGGGAUAUUUCUUCAUCCACUUGCCUUAUCCAUGUUGUCAAGAUCUAACGUCGACGUUAAACAUUUCCUAAACUCAUAAUUCUUGACUAUCUUGAGCCUUUUAUUGAGGUCAAUAUUCUCCAAGGAGUUAGCCGAGUUUAGAGCAAAUCUAAAAUUAAAAAUGGCAUCUCCAGAAAGGACUAUCGCUAAAGAUUUUACGGCUUUGAUGAAGAACAUUAAGAGCUUUUCAAAUGGCCAGGCUGUUGUCACAAAGUGGGAUGAUAAAAAUCUGGGAAAUUUUGAAGUCACUAUCUCUCCAAACGAUGGAUGCUACAAGGAAGGGGAGUUUGUGUUUGAGAUUUUCAUGGAAUCCUGCGACGAUCUCCCAAGACUGUUCUGUAAGACUGCCAUCUACCAUCCCAAUAUCGACACUAUCCAGGAUCCUGACGGGGAAAUAUGCAUCAAUCUCUUUGACGUUGAUAUGUGGAACACGAACUGCAGCAUGCAGGAUCUCGUCCAAGGUCUGCUCUUCUUGAUGUACAACCCUAACCUUGAGGACCCUCUAUGUGGCGCAGUGAACUGUUCUUCCAUGGAAGAAUUCGAAGAGGAUGUUCAGACGGCUAUAGCUGGUGGAAGGGUAGGGGACUAUCUGUUUCCGGUGAACCCUCGAUAUGCAAGACUGCAUCCUGCUGCGGAUGUGGAGGAGAAGGAUAAGGUGGAGGAGAAGGAUAAGGAGGAGGAAGACGAGAAGGUGGGGAAGGAUGAAAGACAGAAGGAUGGAGAGAGGACUGGAUUGAUAGAAGAAGUGAAGGAUGGAGAUAAAGAUGAAAGGACAGGAGUGAAUGGAUGCAAGGACGACCUUGAAAAGAAGCCAGAGGGGAAUGCUGACCUUGAGGAGAGAUACUUCGGCAUCAAAGAGUACAUCCCUGGAGAUGAUGAAGAUGAUUAUUAUGAAAAUGAGGAGGAGGAGGAGACUGAUGAUUCCUCUGUGUUAACUGAUCUUGAUGAUCCUGACAAUGACGACACUGACGUCGUUCACGAUGAGGAGCUCUUUGAACUCUUUGACAAGGUUGAUGAAAGCGUUGACGACGAAAACCGCAAGAACCUGGACAGCACUGCCGUUGUCAGCUGGAGCAAAAUGGUCUAUGGGGCUGGAAACAAAUCGCACAUUGACAAAGUCCGAGUACUAAUCGAUGACGUGUCUGCUGUUGAAAACUCUUCUGAAGGGGCUAAUAAAGAAGCUGGAAAUGCUGCUGGUUCAGCAUUGAACAGAAUUCCCUCAGGGAUUCAGAGACCCACUGUUGCUUCAAGGUUCUACUGUGCUUUACAGACUCGUGCCUUCAGACGAUGGUUGGUAUGAUGAUAAUGAUAUGCAUUCAUGCUCAACUUUUCAGGGCAAAAAUUAAUGCUAUUUGGAACAUAUAGAAGAAAUACAAUAAGUACUUAUAAUGCUUGAUUUUUUAUAGGCUCAAGCAAGAUAAGACUCUAGAAAGCCUUAUGUCAUGAAUAUAGAAAAUAGUUAAUACAAGAAGUACUUACGCUUAUUGACUCAAGCGAGCUAAAAGAUAAAGCCGCAUAUUUUUUCAUGGAUUAUUCUUCUCCAGUGUAUACAAACCCAGAAACAUUGAUCUCCUUGACAAAAAGUCAAUCUCAAAAUCUCUUUUUUGUGUGUGUAUUUUGUUAUUUAAUAGCUCGGUAUUUUACAAUAACGAGAAAGGGUGCAUUUAAAAACAACUUUUUCAGUCUAAAAAGUUUGAGUUAAACAUAUGUACCUUAUUAUGUUCCCUGAUAAUUCUUUGACUUACGUUGGUGUGGGUUCAUCAUUCAUGGCCAUUAAAGAGAUACAAUUAAUUGAUUGUAAUGUAUAUUGAUCAUAUAUAUGAUUUCAUGUUACACUGUUUUGAUAAGUUUGCCAAGAUUGACAAUAGUGUUUACAUACAUUACCUUAUUUGUCUUCCAUUCACAUCAAUUUUUGUGAGGCUAAACAUCAGAUUUUGCAGAAGUUACAUUGAAGAGGGGUUGUUUUUUUGUCUUUCAGAUGGAUGGUUUAUCCAUAAUGAUCUUUAUCUGUAUUGUGCUGAAAAGUGCAAUUAUCUUAUAUUUGUGUACUUUUUUUUGUCGUGAAGAAAUAUGCAGUUGAAAUGUGAUUGUUUCUUAAAAUUGCAGCUUUCAUUUUAUGGUUGAUUCUUGUUAUAACAUCGAUGAAUGAGUUAUUAUCAUUAAUUUAUAAUACAAUUAUUUAGGGUGCAAUAAUGCCUUUCAUGUGAUAAUUUUUUUCCAACUUAUGCAAGGCUGACUUGAUAUUUCCAACGAUUACUUUAAAAACGUACCAACUGUGUAAAAACAUUACUGAAAGGAAUCUUUACCUUAGGGAUAUUUCUUUAACCAACUAACAUAAGUUUGUAAUUUGAAUUAAUAAUGAUGUUGCCAAUUUGUAGAGUGGUUGUUUUCAGAACUUUAUUGAGAAAAACAUUUCUCAAAGAGAAUUAUAAAUCAUGUUUAUUUAUCUACUUUUGCCUUUUUCUUGUAUUUUUUUAAAAACAUAGCACAUUUUUAAUCAUAAAUUAUUGGUCUAUAUUGUUUUCACUUAUGACUGAUAUUCUAAACCUCUUAGUUAUUAUAUGUGUGUGUGUAUUUGAGUUUUGUCAGACGUGGAUCAAUCAGAUAUGAUUACGCUGGGACCGACCUUUAACGACACCAUCCGAAAGACGUGCCCGGGGCUCGAACCUCGAACCUCUGCAUCAAUUUGUAACUUCCCCACAUAGCUUGGAUUACAGGCGCACGCCACAACGCCCAGUUAUAUAGGCAUGUGAAAUGGGACAAAAUUUAUAUCCAUGGAGGCAUGGAGCAUUGUAAAAGAAAAUGUGCAAAUUAAUAUGUUUGUAUAUGUUGUCAUACUUGUCAACUUAAAAAGAUUAUGUAUUAAAAAUACAAAAAGUUA